AGUUUUUUGACUAAAAAGAGAGUCCUCACGCACGCUUCAUCUUGUACAUCUCUGCUGCGGUUCAUUCGCUCCAAUUAACUACAGUUUGAAUUGAACCUUCCUACUUCAAAUAAACGUGUUACAAAUGCGUACGAUAUAUUUUUCAGAGAAGAGGACUUCAAAUUGAAACUCACAGGAAUACGGAGAAGCUCAUUUUGAGACUAAUAGUUAAAAAAAAUCCGGUUGUUAUCGGAAAUUGACGGGAAAGUAAACGUAAUUCCACUAUUAAUGGCGCCUCCUCAAGAUGGCAAAGCAGCUGAAGUCAAAGAGGAAUCUGUACCUCAACGCCCAAUCUCCGAUGUCGUUUUCAUUAUUGCUAUGAAGAAGGAGGCUUCACCUCUAGUGGAGAAGUUCCAGCUCACCGAAGAAUCCAAUUCUCUGUUUCCAAAGGGGGUCCCGUGGGUGAGGUACAGUGGAAAAUAUAAAGAUCUGAAUAUCAACAUUGUUUCCCCUGGAAAAGACAUAGUUUUGGGUGUUGACAGCGUAGGCACAGUUUCUGCAUCACUUAUAACUUAUGCUUCUAUUCAAGCAUUGCAACCAGACCUUAUCAUAAAUGCAGGCACUGCUGGAGGUUUCAAGGCAAAAGGUGCUUGCAUAGGUGAUGUAUACCUUGCAUCAGAUGUUGCUUUCCAUGACCGAAGAAUUCCUAUCCCUGUAUUUGACCUGUAUGGUGUAGGCACACGACAAGCGUGCUCAACCCCCAAUCUUGCGAAGGAGCUAAAUUUAAAGAUUGGCAAACUGUCCACUGGCGAUUCUUUAGAUAUGUGCCCACAUGAUGAAACAGCAAUCAUCGCAAAUGAUGCAACAGUGAAGGACAUGGAGGGAGCUGCUGUUGCUUAUGUGGCAGAUCUUUUGAGAACGCCAGCAAUAUUUUUGAAAGCUGUUACCGAUAUAGUUGAUGGUGACAGGCCAACAACUGAGGAAUUUUUGGAAAAUUUGGCUGCAGUCACUGCUGCACUUGAUCAAGCAGCUACUCGAGUUGUUGAUUUCAUCAAUGGGAAGAAUCCGUUAGAACUUUGAGUUUAAUCAUUGUUUUCCUUUUCAAUAUCUGAGGAUAAAGAUGAAUCUAAUGAUUGAUUGACACAUUGAAUAAUUAUAAUUAUUUUCAACCUUCUUAUCUCAUUUGGUAAAAUGUACGAAAGAUAUAACAAGGUUAUUGGUCACAUUGUUCUUUGUCUACAUAUAAUAAAUAUAUACGUUGUUGCCUUG